AUGGCCUUACCAUCGGGGCUGAAGCGAAUCGAAAUUCCUGCGUAUCCCCACGUUUUGUAUCACGAUAUACCGACAACAGGUGGACGGCUCCCUUUCUUCGACAAUCCUGAAGGCAAGUUGUACCACCCUGUGGCGGCCGAUGCAAAGCCACCGACUGCGGCGGAAGUGGUGAACACGUUCGAUUACAAUGCCCCUCUCAUGCCAGUGCCGCAUAUACCUGCGAAUUCCUGUUAUCGUAAUGCCACACUAGCAGCCCUCUUCAACCUUGCCCCAUUUGUCAACUUUCUGGAGAACCAUGAUCUCCCCCGAGUAUUCGUUGAGUUGCGGGAACUAUCUGAAUCCUUUCGUAAUAUCCAUAGGGACGACCACUUUCCUAGGAUGACACUUUAUUUCCAAAGAAUUGCCACUUUCUGGAACCGUAUUGGCACGUUACCCGAUGGAAAUGACGGACCGUGGCACACUCGUAUGAAAGUUCGAGGCCAUAGAGUCGAUACGACAGACAAGAAAGCGCAGCAAGUGACGAAGGAAUAUUCGACAGAAGACUGUAACGAACUCGUCAUGUGGGUUUUUGAAUACUUAUCAGAAAAGAUGCAUGAAAGUGAUAGACAGCUUCAGCGUAACCUCGUAACAAGAUUUUGGAGGUUAUUUCAAUACAAAAUGGUUAGCAGACAAUUAAUGGACUGCUGUGCCGCGGGCAGAAAAAACAAGCAAAGGGUCAACGAGUUCGCGACACUAGAAGGCACCAUUCUCGAAGUUAGCGUCGUAAACAUGAAUAGUACCUUGGUACCAUUGAGCACCGCAAUUUCACAGAGAAUGUACGACGGUGGUCCCAGCCGACAAUACCCCUGUGUGCAUUGUGGCGUUGUCAAACAGCGAGCGCGAUUUUACAAGAUGGUGUACCUGCCCGAAGUCUUGAUGGUUGGGGUCAACUACACAGAAGGUCUUCGCACCAACUUACGCAAUAGGGCCAAUUUUCCAGAGUAUCUAGACAUGAGUCAGUUUCGGGACGACCCUGAUGGGGACGACCUGAGCGCACCGCCAGGUAAGGCGGAUUGUUUAUACAGGCUUGAGGCUGUGAUUGGAUUCCCAAUGCAGCUUCCCGACCAGAGUGGCCAUUAUGUAUCCUGGGUUCGCCGUAGAGAUAACCAGUGGACCCUUUUGGACGACGUUGGGGGCCCCUCGGGCGAGGGACUGGCCAUCAAUCAGAGUUGGUCCGCUAUGAAUCGACAUGGAAAUUUCCGAGCCAGGCUCCUGAUGUAUGUCAGAAACCGCGACGUUGACCUCAACACGCUCGACGCCAGGGGGCUUCAGAUAGUCAGUGUUCCGCCUCAAGUUACGACGGGUAGCAUUCCAACGAGAGGUGCGCGGUCUCCUGUUCCGCCCACUAAUAGGGAUGCAAAGCAAACACCAUCAGCUUCUCGAAUUCCUCCUACACCACCCCUUUCGAUAUCGAGAUCUCCAAGUGUACAGCCACCUGUCAAGCCACCAUCCCCUUUGAUUUCUCCAACGGUGCAGUCUUCUGUUCAGCUAGUCCGUCAUUCUAGUGGAUUUGCAACACAGAACGCUCCUUUCGGCAGCCUUGAAGCACAGCUGCCCACUUUCGGCGUUUCUGGAACGCGGAAUCCCCCUUUCGGAGGGUUUGGAACACAAAACCCUGCCAUCGGUAAUCCUGGAGCACGGAACCCUUUUCACGGCGGCUUUGGGACACAACCCACCUCUGGCGAUUAUGGAGCACAGCCAUCGCCUGCUCUUCCACCGGCGCCAGCAGAGCGUGGAGUGCAGAGCUACAUCCGCCCACAUGCCUUGGAGCACGACACAACGGUGUGGGCAAUGAGGGAAGAGUCCAAGUGGCUGCUUGUCGAGCGCAAGCAGAGGCAAGCUGCAGCCAGAGCCAUCGCGCGAGGAAAAGCCACGGAGAGAGCGCAGAGAAACGGUACCGUGACAGCUGCGGCAAGGAAGACCACGAAGGCCAAUGAAUUGGGUACCACUGGUCCUCAGAGAACUACAACCUCCAAUAAUGGAGGUAAAACUAAGACUAAUAGCACCGUUGAUGUGAGUCGUGGCAAGGGUGGUUCUUCCGUUACCCGGAAUGCAGGAACGACAAGAGUUGCAAAAGCUACUGUUCAGGCGGCUGCGAAGGCUUCAAAGGAUGCAAAGAAUGCUCAGCUUGUUGGAAAGUAUCGAGCAGAGACGCAAGCCAAGGUGAACAAAGUACAGAACAUUGUAGAGAAGAGCAGAAGAUGGCAGGCUUUGCAUCCAGAUAUGUCGCAGCAGGCACAGGCCUAUGCCGAGUCGAGUCGUCUCUCCAUCAGUAAAGGUUCGGGGUCACUUAUCAAGAAUUCACAUGAGAGAUCAGGAUCCAGAUCGAGCGCCUCACCUCGGCCUCCUAUCAGAGGUAGUGGGAUAGGUGCUGCCGUCUUAAGGGGACCGGUAUGGUUAGUCCUCGUGGGCAAUACGGGCCAUGUCGGUCCCCUUGUUACUUAUCGUAAAGAUCCCACUCCUACGGGAUCCCCUCGUUCGCCUUCACCGCCUAGGGCGCCGUGCUCCAUCCAUACGGAUCCACACGAUCCACGAAUUCGAAAAGCUGCGCAUUGGACUAAGGAUAGGUUCGUGCGUGAGUUCAAGUUAGAGGGUAUCACCGCACCGAGGGGCAAUAAGCCAGCUAAAUCAUUCUGGCUCGCCAAAUUCAAGAAGCACUUCGUCCAGAAGAACCGGGACUACAGCAUCUACACCAUCGAGAGGCUCAGGGAUGCCGCAAGGGAGUGGCAGCUGGAGGCCAGGCCCAGGGCUGGGCACAGGCUGCUUGAUCACAAGGCUUACCGGAAUAGGCUGAAAAGGGCUGACCGGAACCGUCUCCAUGAGUACUCGCAGCACGGUGGACCUGUGUCUGAUGACAUGCAUUAUCCGCUGCCUGAUGCAGACAGUGAUACUGCCUCACCCUCACCGCCGGUAACUGAAAAUAGACGGAAAUGGUUUUAUGAUACCGACUCUGACGACGGCUUACCCCCUCCCCGCGGAAGUUCUCAUGCUGGCAAAAAGUCGAAAAAUCAGCAAUCACGAAGUAAUGACGAACUAGAGGAUGACGCACAAGAUGAGAAUGGACAAGAUGAGUAUACACAGGAUGACGAGACAGAAGAUGAGAACACAAAAGGUGACGGAAUAGAGGAUGAGACCACACAAGAUGAGGAGAAGUAAGUGAAGGAGGUAAACAAUGAGGAGCAAGAUGAAGAUUAAAAUGAAGGAGAGAAAGAGGAAGUGAAG